AUGUCAUAUGUAUCUGAGGAAGAAACAAUUUUUAAUGCAGGCACUUCAAUGCAUAAGGGGGAAGGUGAUUCAGAGGAAGAAAUGCCGGUAAGUUCGUUGGAUAAAACCCGAAAUCAACCUCAUCCAUUAUGCGUUAUCGAUAUUGAGGACGAUCACGUUUUCCGGCUUGAGGAAGAGUCCUUAAAAGAGAUGCUUUUGUGUCCUGAAAUUGCUGAUAAAAAGGUAUCUAUACUCAGUGUCGCCGGAGCAUUUCGUAAAGGGAAAAGUUUUUUACUGAACUUCUUCUUGCGUUAUUUGAAUUCGGGUGAAAGCGAAAGGCAUACCGGUGGGUGGAUUGAAAAGCCGGGCCCGUUAACUGGAUUCAAAUGGAGAGGAGGUAGUGAGAGGGAAACAACUGGUAUACUUUUGUGGUCAAAACCUUUCGUCAUUAAAAAUAAAAAUGCUGAGGAUGUAGUGGUGUUACUUAUGGACACUCAGGGAGCAUUUGAUAGUCAAAGUACAGUUAAAGACUGCGCAACUAUCUUUGCCCUUUCAACCAUGUUGUCAUCCACCCAAAUCUAUAACUUGAGCCAAAACGUUCAGGAAGACGACCUUCAGCAUCUGCAGCUUUUUACAGAAUAUGGAAGGCUUGCUUUGGAAGAUUCAAAAGCUAAGCCUUUUCAGACCUUAUUGUUUUUGGUCCGCGACUGGAGUUUUCCUUACGAGGCAGAAUACGGGUUUGGAGGUGGUGAGCGGCUUCUUGAAAAACGAUUGCAGAUAACAGAUAAACAGCAUCCAGAGCAUCAGCAGCUUCGGCAACAUGUCCGUUCAUGUUUCGACAGAAUUUCAUGUUUUUUGAUGCCUCAUCCAGGGUUAAAGGUUGCCACGAGUCCGCAGUUUCGUGGUGCUUUUAGUGAUAUGGAGCAAGAUUUUAGACGGGAAGUGGCCUCAUUAGUUCCACAUUUGCUUGGAGGUGAUAAUUUAGUUAUGAAGCGAAUUAAUGGUCAAGAAAUAACUUGUCGGGAGCUACUUGAAUAUUUCCGCGCCUAUAUUAAUAUUUUCCAAGGGGAAGACCUUCCUGAACCUAAAUCGAUGCUUAUGGCGACAGCUGAAGCUAACAAUCUUGCUGCAGUCUCGAGUUCAAAGGCGUAUUAUAUGAAGGAAAUGGAGGAGGUAUGUGGUGGUGAUGCUCCAUACAUGGAUGCAAGUGCGCUAGAAGAACAACAUUUACGGUGUCUUCAUGAAGCUGUUUACAUGUUCAAGACUGCGAAAAAAAUGGGCGGGACAGAAUUUUCCCUUCAGUUUUUAGAGAGACUCAGUAAUGAUAUCCAGGAACAGUAUGAAAAUUUCAAGAAAGCUAAUAAUAGCAAGAACGUUUUUCGAACGAUGUUUACUCCUAUUGGGAUUUUUGUAUCAAUUAUAUGCGGGUAUGUAUGUCAGGAAUUCUUCCAGUUGAUUGGUGUUGGUCCUUUGGCGAAUGUGUUUUUGCUGGCGAUCUGGCUUUUAAUUAUUGCGUUAAUAACAUACAUGUAUUCGGUAUAUAGCGGGAAGGCACGAGAAGCACGGGUGGCGAUGGAUAAUUUUGUCUUAUAUGCAUGGAAUAACUUCCUUGCCUCUGUUACACAGCAGGGCAUGCAAAGAGCUGUAGAUAUCGGGCAGAAAUUUGCUCAGGUUAUGAUAAGCCGUUUAGGUGACUGCCCUUCAACUGCUGGUGUCAUGAAUGUCAAUUAUAUCACUUAG